CAAGAUUAUUGGGUGUCAGGCAGCAAAUUGAAAUUCUCUGUAGGUUCAGUCAAUCCAAGAAACUGGGAUGAUGAGGUGCAACUUGUCCCCGCUACUUCUUUUGGCGAUUUUACCCGCUGCCGUUUUCGCCGAUGAGUCAGACCCUAUUCCUUGUACGCAGUGUGCUAAUUGCCGUCAAGCCUACUUUUACGACAUCAACUUCGUAUGCAACAGCGAUGGCUCGAAAGAGGCGAAUGGCGCUUCUGUAAUACCCGUUUGUAACUGCGCCAAGUGCACCUGUGAUAAAGGUGAUGAGGAUUGGUGCGAAAUUGAAAGUAAGUUGAAGAGUGACAUUGCAUCCUUUAUCGCCUAUAGUCAAGCAGAUAUUGUUGGUACGACACUGCAAAACCUACCCGAUGGUGCAACACUUGCAUUCGAGUAUGGGGCAAAUGGGGUGGCUGCUAAUACAUGGAGGGGUUAUCUAACUGGAAAUGGAUGUACUAGAGCUACAUUCAAAACUUAUUCUUGUCUACAAUUUCACCAGGCGCAUGAAUUCUUCACAGUAAAGGUUAACAAGGCGACGGCUGAUAUUACAUUCCUGAAUCGUGUACACGCUGCAUUGGUUGGCGGCAAUGAUGUUCAGUUGAAAAAUAAAGUAAUCUCAAGUGUGUUCUACUUUACGAAAUUGAGGGCUUUCUUGCAGCACUUAAUGCUUCUUCUGGCAAAAGGUUCUGCGUAUGGACCGGGACAUCAGUGUAUCUCCAACACCAUGUGCCCUACUAAAUAUCCUCUGUGUAAAACCACGGAUUGCAAAUGUCAUGAGUGUCAGGCCGAAAAUGAUUGCACCAGUAAAUACAAGAAUAAACACCUCUGUGUCACAAAUAAGGCUGGCUUGAUGGUUUGCGGAGAUCCACAUGUGAAGCAGUCCGUCAAGGGUUCUGACAGAUGGUUUUGUUACGACUUUGUCGGCGUUCCUGGAGAACGAUAUGCAUUCCUUAACGAUGGGGAUUUUCACAUUUCGACAACGUUUAUUAACGCUAAAGAUGGUGAAAACCGUGUUGACUUUGUGAGCGACUUGGACGUGGACUACAGCGGGGUUAACAUCCACUUCAGUCCUUCUAGUGUUGUUAUCAAAGAACCAGGACAAGAGCCCAGAAAUGUGAAGUGGAACAUAGGAACCGUGUCUGUUCCACACGGGUACAUCAAUAUGACACGUAAACGAGCAGAUUUUAUAUUGAAUGAAGGCGAAACGAAAAUCAAUGUGAUCCGAAGAGGGUUUGCCAAGAAGCACCCGUUCUUGAACUUUGGACUGACCCAGUCUAAACACAUUGGGGAUGCGGCUGGAGGCAUUAUGGGCUCUAUAAGUAAUACAGUGGAAUUUAGCCCGAAUGUUGCUGGUGACGGAGGGAUUAUAGAAUGGCUCGGUAAUCGGGUCCCAGUUCAUGAGGAUAGCAAGUACUGUUUGAAGGUCGACAAAACAUUUACUACCAAGUUCAAUGGCUUAUUGGAGAAAUUCCGAAUUAGUAAAGAUGACGAAGCAGUACUUGAGGUUACAAAUGACGAUGAAUCAGUGGUUGAGGUUACAAAUGAUGAUGAAGACGAAGCCUUCAGUGCACGCGCUAAUAAUGACGAAGAUAAGCCGGAAGACGAAACCUUCAGUGCACGUGCUUAUAAUGACGAAGAUGAGCCGUUCGUAUCCACAGCGACAAGUGAUGACGGCGCUGAUGUCGACGCACUGACAGACAGAAUAAUGCGUUUGGUGUCUAACAAGCUCAAACAGGAGAUACCAAAGCUCCGUCAAAAACUCUAA